AACACAAACACGCAAACACACAAGAAAAAUAGAGAACGAGAACAAGAGAGAAAGAAAACACACACACACACUCACACACACACACACACACACAGUCACUACAACCACCAUCACAACCACCAGCACCAGAAGUAAUGGCUGGCUGGGGUGCUGUGGCGGCUCUGUGGGUGCUGGCCGCGCUCACCAGCCUACCCACGGGAACCCAGGGCCGCCUCAUCUGCUACAACGGGGGUUACUGCAUCUACAACACGUGUAUGUGCCCCCUGGGUUACUACGGCACCGUCUGUCAGUUUGACAAGGACGAGUGUGCGGUGGACAACGGCGGCUGCCAGCAGGAGUGCCGCAACACCCUCGGCUCCUACGUCUGCUGCUGCUCCGCCGGCUACAAGCUGGGCCCCGACAAACACUCCUGCGUGGAGGUGGACGAGUGCCGAGACCACAACGGCGGCUGUUCCCACGUCUGCAUCAACACAGCGGGGUCCUACGAGUGCCGCUGCCAGCCAGGACAUCGCCUCCUGCCUGACGGACGUACCUGUGUGCCGCCCCCACGCCCCGCGCCAGGUGUCACAUACAGAACGGCGGCUGCCAUCAUCAGUGCCACCAGUCUGUUGGGGGCGUCACCUGCUCCUGCCGCCCUGGGUACAGACUGGCGCAGGACGGGCGGCGGUGCUUCCCUUUCAACCCAUGCCGGGAGAACAACGGUGGGUGUGAGGGCGAGUGUCAGGCGUCGGGCGGGGAGGUGCGCUGCUCUUGCCGGCCCGGUCUGACCCUGGGGCGUGACGGCACCUCCUGCGUGGACGUGGACGAGUGCCGGAGUCCUGACACGUGCCACCACCGCUGUCAGAACACGUGGGGCUCCUUCCAGUGUGUGUGUGACAGUGGCUACGAGCUGGCCGCCGACAG